UAGAGUGUGCACACGUUUUGGUCUUGUUAUUAUCGUCGAACAAAAAAGUUUGAAAAUUUCCAAAUCAAAUUAAAUUGAAAUUAAUUCGAUCGAAAGGUAAAUUGAUAAUUUUUCAUCAUGAGCACUGCUGUUACAGUAGUAAAAGAUGUUGAAGACGUGAAUAAUCGCGAAAAACCGAGUGUAGCGGAUUCAACACAAAACAUUGAAUUGCGGUUGUUGAAUCACACCAUGGAUGAAAUUAUGAAUGCAAAAACAUAUAAAAAAUUGUGGAAGAAAUUGUUGGACGACGAUGAUAAUGUUGAAACCGAUGGAUUAAAAGGAAUCCAAUCCAAGGUUCAGAAAUACCAAUACAACGAUUUGGAAGAAUUCAUGGACGAUAUCAAGCAACUGUCUCGGUGCUACAAUGCCCAUUAUCCAAAAACUAUCACUAUUCAAAAUGCGGUAGAGGCAUUGCUCGAUUGGUGCAAACGUGAUGUGAACAGCAUUCAAACGUGCCCAGAUUGCUUCGAGAAUUACUUUGUUGAUGAGAAAAACUACUUUACAAUGGUGUGCACAAAGCCGCAUUUGUUGGUAUUUGCCCAACUGGAAAAUUACCCUGCCUGGCCAGCUAAAGUGAUGAAAGUCGAAGAGAAUGUGGUGAAUGUUGAAUUUUUUGGUGACCAUACGGAAGAUGAUGUCCCAUUUGAAAAGUGUUAUUUGUACACUUAUGCGAUGGCCCACCAAAAAACCCGAAAACUUAACUUGAAAAUAGCGCUCAACGAACUGGAUGUCCACGUUGAAAAUGUCAAGGCAAGAUAUGGUUCAUUUGUUCCGUUCCCAUCGAAAGUGCCCAUUAGUGCUGACAAUUGGCAAGCCCAAUUAAAACUAAUGAUGCCCGGUGCAUUCGAUGGAUCACAAGAAAAUUUUCAAAUUGAAAUAUCGUCAUCGGAUGAUGAAUCAGUAAAUAGUGCCGAAGAAGCAUUGAACUUAACAGUUGACGCAAAUUCAACAACUGAUAUGUCCAAACAAGAAUCGACUUCGAUGGAUCAAAGCCGAAAUGAGGCCAAGCGAAAGAAACAACCAAAUGAUGAUGAUUCAGAUUCGUCGUCGGUUUAUUCUGAAUCGGAAGAAGUUUUUUCCCCAAACAAGAAGCAUCGUCGUUCUUCAGUUGUGUACGAAGGUGAUACAGAAAACAAUGGUCAAUUGGAAGACGACGAAACUCAAGACAUUGUAUUUGACGAAGAAGAGAAUGGGUUGAACGGAAGCAACGUUUCAGAAAACGAAAUGCAAGAGAAGACGAUGGAUGCUGACAACGAGCAAGAGGCCGCAUCGCAAAAGGACGAAACACAGGUCAAUGAAAAUGUGGUCGAAGAUAAAGAACAAGAAGGCGAUGGUCAGGACACCGAAAUGCCACAGGACAAAGCUCAAAAUUCUGAAUCGCAAGACGAUGAAAAUGAAACGGAACCAAAUCUGGUACAAGCCAAUGUACAAGAUAAGGUACCAGAUGACAAUGAACAGCAAGUUCAAUCACAAACUGGCGACGGUCAUGACAUGCAAAUGACACAAGACAAGGUGCCAGAAGAAGGUGAGCCCAAUGUUGAUCCGCAAGAAGAUAAUGACGUCGAAAUAUCACAGGUCAACAGAGAUAAACAAAUCGAAUCACAACCAACAAACGGUAUGCAACAACAAGAAGGUUCACAAGACGAAGACGACAAUGAACGACGUGACGUGCAAGAAUUGACAACAAACACCGAAAAUAAUACGGCCGAUACGAAUGGUAGUGGUAACGAUUCUGGCAACAUAUUACAUGCUGAAGCCGGCGAUGCUCCAUUCACAUCUCGUGCAUUGAUUGGCACAAUGAAGGCCAGACUUGAAAUAAUGAACGAAGAUAAAUUGGACGCUUUGAUUCGUUUGAAAGAUUUGAAAGAAACCAAGGCCAAACUCAAAAAUGAUAUCGCCGAAUUGGACGAUAAAAUCCAGAAUAUGAAAUAUCAAAUUUUCGUGACCGAACAUGAAGUCAUGUGCACAGAAUGCGGUACUUCAUUGCGUGGUGAAAAAUACUUUUGCAGCACCAGCUGUGAAAAUGUAUACAUAGAAAAUGCCCGAUUGAAAAGUCGUCAGGACUAAAGAACCUGAUCGUUCGCAACAACAACGGAGUAAUCUAACUACUUCAUCACAAACAUUCGCUUUUUUUUUCAUUUUUUAUAGUUGAAUUUUUUCCGUUUUCAUUAAUAUUUAUUCUGAAGGUACAUUUAUUUAAUAUAAAAGUUCCGUUCUAUAACCAAAAAAAAAACAUUAGUUCGUUAAAUAUGUUAACUUUAUUUUGCCGAAAUAAAAGAUGUUUUUUGUAUUAUUUUUUCCAAAUCUGGAA